AUGCGACGCUCCCACCGAACGGGCGGAGGCCCAACAACCUACGCCAGCAAGUCAAACGCGCCGCCAGUACCCGAUCCUAUCGCAUUGAUCAGAUCCUACGACUCAGAGGCAAAUACAACGCGCCCGAUACGACCCUCUCCCCUUACAGCAUCGACGAUACAAGGCUUGCCGUUGGACGUGUUCGACAGACUCCGAUCCUUCCCUCUCUUCGUCUCCGCACCAGACACCUUCCUUGCCGCCAUUGGCACGCAGCUGCGCCCGCAGGUACACCAGACGAACGACUACAUAUUGACCGAGGGAGAUGAUGCGAAAGCCAUGUACUGGCUGGUGCGCGGCGCGGUGAGGGUGGCAUCAAGGGAUGGCGAAAGCACAUAUGCUGAGCUCAAGCCUGGAGCUUUCUUUGGCGAGAUUGGCAUCUUGAUGGACAUCCCACGGACAGCGACAGUCAUUGCCAACAUGCGGUCUUUGGUCGUGCGACUGAACAAGGAAGACCUGGCCAAGGUGCUGCCAAACUUCCCGGACGUUGAACGUGCGAUCAGGGAGGAGGCCAAAGAGCGUCUCACUAUACUGGAGCGGAAGAAGAAAGAGAUGGGCCAUGGCGGUGUGCAAGAUCCUGGGAAUGCGCUCUUGAGGAAUGGGAAGAGGACGCGCCAAAGCCUAGGCGGGGAUGUCGUAAUGGGAGAGGCUGGGGCAAUAAGAGAUGGAGAGGUUGUAACCACCAGCAAGAAGAGAAAAUCACCUAGCCCAGGGCUGGCAGAAGCAGCAGCGUCGAGCGCGUUAGGCAGUGGAGCCGUGAAUGUGCGACAAUUGCUGAAGGAGCUACCCCUUUUCUCAAGCUUGCCAACUGAGAUCCUGCAUUUCCUCGGGCUGAAGGCGCAACCGCGCACAUAUCCUCCUUUCACCGACAUCAUCAAACAGGGCUCUCAGGGUCACGACGUGUUUUUCAUCGUGCGAGGAGAGGUCGAGGUCGUUGCAGAUCCGCCACCCACAAAGGAUGGCAAGAGGGUGUCAAAUCCGCUUGACCCGAAGCCUGGCGGCCCUCCGCUGGUCAAGGCGCGUCUGAAGCCUGGUCAAUACUUCGGGGAGGUCACGAGUUUAUCUUUGGCCCCUCGACGGACUGCCACCGUACGCUCAGUAGACUCCGUGGAGUGCUUACUGAUCAGCAACGAUGUGCUCGAGGAGCUUUGGCAAAAGUGUUCUCCAGACCUACGUCGUCAGGUGGAGGACACGGCGAAGCAGAGACUAGAGGCCGCAGAAAGCUCUGACGUACUUAUGAUAGACACGGGAGAUAGCACGCCGCCUAUCAGCGAACUCGUCAUUGCAGAUCUAGGACCUCGAAAAGCGAGGAAGAAAUCCGUCCCUACAGUAACAUUUUCAGAGAUCGACUACGCAACACCAAGCCCUCUAAGCCCGCUAAGCCCCCUAGAAGACAGUCCCAACAUCGAGCCUGCGGAUCCAGAUCCGUUUCUGAAUGUGGAUCUCGACAACGUGAGGUCGAGGUCAAGAAGAGGCUCUCUUGCGCCGCCCGCGCCCUCAGCGGAAGCACCACCAUCCCCUGACCAGAAGGUACCGAAGUCGCCCUCACCAGUGAACGGACAAUGCAUCUCGCCAUCGCCGCUGAAACCGAAGCACGAAGCUACACCGCCGGAACCAUCGCUUCCCAUUAAACGGCCCAGGGUCUUCCGAAGGACGACUCCAGGUGGGACAGGUGUACUACCUGAAGCCGUCCUCAUUCGCGUGUUCCAGCACUUCGACGUUUACGAACUCAUGCAGCUACGGCUAGUAUCGAUGCACUGGGCGAAGCUUCUCACAGACUCACCAGACAUCCUCCAUGUACUCGAUCUCACCAAAUACAACCGCCGCGUCACCGACACCACACUCAACGAGAUCAUCUGCCCUUUCGUCGGCAACAGGCCUCGGAUCGUCGACAUCAGUAACUGCUUCCACGUCACGGACGAAGGCUUCACAGCGCUCGCCCUCCAGUGCGGCGCCCACGUGACAUCGUGGAAGAUGAAAUCAGUCUGGGACAUCACCGGCCCCGCUGUCCUAGAGAUGGCAAAUAGAGCCAAGGGUCUCGAGGAAGUAGAUUUCAGCAACUGCCGCAAGGUGGGAGACAAUCUCCUUGCCCGCGUUGUCGGCUGGGUUGUGCCAGACAUCCCUCCGGCUACCCAUCAUCACCAGCAACAGCAUCCGCCUAACGGACGGACAAGGCAUGGAGGCAAAAACCACAAUCAGCCUCCGCAGCCUCCUCUCCCCGCGGGCACCGUGAUCGGCUGCCCGCGGCUCAAGCGGCUGACCCUGUCGUACUGCAAGCACAUCACAGACAGGAGUAUGGCGCACAUUGCCGCGCACGCCGCCGGGAGGAUCGAGUCGAUCGACCUUACGAGGUGCACGACGAUCACGGAUCAUGGCUUCCAGCAGUGGAGCAUCUAUGCUUUUCCGCGGCUGAGCAAGCUCUGUCUGGCUGACUGUACGUAUCUGACCGAUAACGCGAUCGUGCAUCUUAGCAACGCUGCGAAGGGGCUAAGGGAGCUUGAUCUGUCCUUCUGCUGCGCCCUUUCCGACACCGCAACCGAAGUUCUCUCCCUCGGCUGCCCAAACCUCACGCACCUAAACCUCGCCUUUUGCGGCUCCGCGGUGUCAGACAGCUCCCUGCGCUCCAUCGGCCUGCACCUGCUCGAGCUGAAAGAGCUGUCCGUGCGCGGCUGCGUAAGGGUCACGGGGACAGGCGUCGAGGCUGUCGUCGAUGGCUGCCAUCAGCUUGAGCUGUUUGACGUUAGCCAGUGUAAGAACCUUAGGGGGUGGUUGGAGGGAGGGGGGAUUAAGCGGAAGGGGAAGGGGGUUAGGUUUGAGGUUGUUAAAGGGGGCAGGGGGAGGUGGUGA